AAUCACAAGUCUAAUUUUUCGGUUUUUAUUUGCAUUACUACAUAUGGAUAUAUUGCUUAAUCUUCAAGCUCUUCCGGCUACGAUUGGCGGACCUGCGGUGGCUAUCGGCGGAAUCACUUUGUUUUUCCUCAGAGAGUAUGUCAAAGAUCAUAGGAAGAAAUCUUCCAGCUUCCCUCCUCUGCCUGAGAUACCAGGCUUACCAAUAGUUGGAAAUUUAUUACAACUAAAAGAGAAGAAGCCCCACAAGACUUUCACCAAAUGGUCUCACAAAUACGGUCCCAUAUAUUCCAUAAGGGCAGGCUCCAACACCAUGGUUGUGCUCAACUCUAAUGAUGUUGCAAAAGAGGCUAUGGUUACAAAAUACUCAUCCAUCUCAACUAGAAAGCUGUCAAAUGCUUUGAAGAUCCUCACUUCUGAUAAAAGUAUGGUUGCAACGAGUGAUUACAACGAAUUUUACAAGGCGGCCAAACGCCAUUUGCUUGCGUGUACUCUUGGACCUAAUGCUCAGAAACGGCACCGUGUCCAUAGGGAUGCCAUGAUAAAUAACAUCUGUGACCAGUUUCAUGCUCAUGCAAAACUGUAUCCUUCUGAAGCAGUAAACUUCAGGAAAAUAUUUCAGUCUGAACUCUUCGGAUUAGCAAUGAAACAGGCGAUUGGAGAAGACGUUGAAUCCAUUUAUGUGGCGGAACUAGGCACUACCUUGUCAAGACAAGAGAUGUUCAAGAUACUCGUAGUGGACCCUAUGGAAGGUGCCAUUGAUGUGGACUGGAGGGAUUUCUUCCCCUAUCUCAAGUGGAUUCCUAACCAACACUUCGAAAACAAACUUCAGCAGAUGCAUUUCCACAGGGAGGCUGUGAUGAAGGCCCUCAUUGAGCACCAGAGUAAACGUAUUGCUUCUGGCAAGGUGAUAAACUGCUAUCUAGAUUACCUGUUAUCCGAAGCUGCAGACACAUUAUCGGAGCAGCAAAUACUGAUGCUUCUGUGGGAAGACAUCAUCGAAGCAUCAGACACGACAUUAGUUACCGUGGAAUGGGCCAUGUAUGAACUUUCUAAAGAUCCAAAUAGACAGAACUACUUGUUGUCUGAAAUCCAAAAUGCCUGCGGAUUCGACCCACUCAGUGAGGAGAAGCUAUGCCGACUUCCAUACUUGGCCGCAGUUUUCCAUGAAACGCUGCGAAAGCACAGUCCUGUUCCAAUAGUCCCCCUGCGAUACGUGCACGAAGAAACGCAGUUGGGAGGGUAUAACAUACCUGAAGGCAGCGAGAUUGCUAUAAACAUAUAUGGAUGUCACAUGGACCAGAAUGUGUGGGAUUGCCCGGAAGAGUGGAGGCCGGAGAGGUUUGUCUCGGGUAAGGAUGACACGACGGAGCUGCACAAGACGAUGGCGUUUGGAGGGGGGAAGAGAGUGUGUGCUGGAGCUCUUCAAGCAAUGACAAUUACUUGUAUAGCAAUUGGAAGAUUGGUGCAAGAGUUCGAGUGGCGACUCGGGGAGGGAGAAGAAGCGAAUGUCGACACUUUGGGUCUAACAACUCAUAAGCUUCAUCCUUUGCAAACCAUUGUAAAGCCAAGACUGAUCAGGGAACGAAUGAGUAUCUCAUAGAUUCCGAUAACUCUUGUGUUGUUGCUUCUUAAGCGAACUUAUAAUUCAUAAUGAAAAAUUAUGAAUUUUGGUGUACUAUUUAUAUUUUUUUAAUAUAAUAACUACUUCCUCUA